UUUUAGGUCCACCCACAACAUCAGUUCAAAGUCCACACUCAAACAGUUUUAGUGACUUCAAGCCACCACUAUUCUAUCUCCCUCUCCCUCUCCCUCUCCCUCUCCAUCUCCAACUCAAUUGUAGGAGUUUUAUUCUCAGAGAACACUUCUCAUGGUGACAGUCAUUGUACAAACAUCAUAUCAUUAACAAUAGAAACAUGAACACAAUGUUGGAAUGUCUCUCUUUCAACUCACUUACUCCUUCACCACGCAACGUUCCACCUCCUCUUCCUCCACAUUCACAAGAACAACAAUCACCAACACCAUCAUCAAGCCCCAAUGUCUCUCGCGAAUUCGAUCUCGCUAUUCAAGGUCCUUCUUACAACGAAAUCCGCACCAUGAUUCAAAUCCCUCUUCAACCACACAACAUCCAAAUUCAGCAACAUGAAGUCCAAGAACUUGAAGAUGAUGAAGAAGAAGAUGAAGAUUCACAACACCGUAACAUCCUAACCCAAGUUCUACAACCCGACGCAAACAGCGUCCGUGAAACUCUCGCUAAUUCAAAACCCAAAAGUACCCUCACACGUCUUGUUUCUUCUUACUUUGAUCACAGUGAAACCACUUCACAUCUUUGUCUAAUUCUCUUUCGCACCGUUAAUCGUGCUCGUGAAAUGUAUAACCCUGUCUUUGAUCUCAUAUCUGUUCUUCCUGCAGACUGUUCUUCACUAUCUCAACCGCAAUGUGACACUGCUUAUGAUCUUUUCGUCGAAUUUAACGUUCAUGAAAAUCCGUUUAUUUUCCCUCAUUUUAAUACCCUGCGGAAUAGUUUCUCCGAUUUGAAACAUGAAAUUCAGCUCGAUAGGCGUAAAUGCCAGCAUAGAAUUCGUUUAUUUCGUGGCGCCAAUGUUGGUUGUGCCGUUUGUGUACUUGCAACUGUGUCCAUAGCUGUUGUCACCGCGGUAAUCGUUGCUACACAUGCUUCGAUUGGAUUCACGUCAAUGGUGCCGUUUUGUAUUCCUUUUCAGAAGAGAAGAAAGAAAAAGGAAUUGGCUAGGUUGAAGCAGCUUGAUGCUGCUGAGAGUGGAACUUUUGUUGUGAAUCAUGUUAACACUAUUGAUAGUCUUGUGGACCGGCUUCAAACUGCGGUGGAAGGCGAUAAGGCUUAUGUUCGGUUCGCGUUGGAGAGGGGAAGGGAUAGACAUCCUAUACAGGAAGUGAUCAAGCAACUGAGGAAGACGCAGCCGAUUUUUGAACAGUUGCUUAAGGAUCUUGAGCAGCAUAUAUAUUUAUGCUUUUAUACUGUUAACAAAGCUAGAGGUGCAUUACUCAAAGAGAUAUCACAUCAUCAAACUGUAGUAAGUUAGUUUAACAAUGUUGGGGAAUGUAAAUUUAAGGGUAACAGUAUAAUAGCUUGGCAAUGGUAGGAAAUGGAAAUGCAUCAUUUUUAUAGCACGACAACGGUAGGAAAUGUCAUACAACCUAAUCCCAAACUGGCAAGAGGAAGAAAAGCUCCAAACUUGCAACCAACUUGAAUCCCCCCCCAAGGCUUCCUAGCUCUUUUAAUUACCAUCAAGUUUUAUAUCUUGCUUUAAGGAUUUUAUCAUAGGGUCAAUCUUUUAGUAUGACAUUGUGACUGUGCUAUCUGUGGUAGUGUGUAAUUGUUGUUACUUGUUAUGUAUCAUGAGUUCAGGAUGCACUGAAUCGUGUUAUGCAAAAUUGCAAUUUUAUGUUUGUUGCAAUUUUAUCACAGGGUCAAAUUUUAUAUCUUGCUUUCGGUA